UGCGCGCAUGUAUAGUGUCUCUUGCUUUUGGAAUCAUUGUCACAUAUAUCCUCAAGAAAGCAGAUUCAAUUGAAAACAAGAGUCAACUCAGUCAAAGUACGCAGAGUUUAACAGAAUCGAGUUUUCAACGAUAAUCAUUUGUUGAAGGAUCACAUGCAAUAUGGGAUGGAUAACUGUUCUUCACGGAGUAAUUUUGUUGCUGACGACAAUGGCAUGUGCUUGGAAAGGUCUACCACCGUUUAUGCGUAGGCGACGUUUAUUCAAACCUUUCCCCGUCUUUAAAACUGUAAAACCACCAACACCACCAGCACCCACUAAACCAGUAAUAUUUUCCCCCGUCAAAGACUCAAGAUACUGCAGUGAAUCCAAAAUAGUAGAUAUCCUUUCAAAACAUAGUCGCAAGAAACGCUCGAUCAAACUUUGGCCAUAUGAUUGCACAUAUCCAAGUAUUGUCAACCAUCAGGGCAGUUAUCAAUUCAUGUAUGAUAUUUACCAGUGCUGUAAGAAAUGUGACCUUCCAACGUACACCUUGUGCAUGAAAAAGUAUCAACGCUCUCCCCCAUGGAGAUGCCCCAGUGACGGAAUCCAUUGCAUUCUUGAAUGCGUAGCAAAAUAUGGGCCACAGAAACCUACCACGAUCAUAAAACCAAGUAUUUCCAAAAUUAAAGGAGGUCAUAAAGUCAUCGGCAUAAAGCCCCCCAAGAACAAGUGUGAAAAAAGGGAAAAACUUCCAAAUGGAGAAACCUGUUUACGUAGAUUAUGUAUCAAGUUGAAAGUUUAAACUAACUUUAAAAUAUCGAGCAUGCAUAAAAAAAGAAAAUAAAAGUCAAGUUUAAACUGA